AUGUCAGUCAAAGCAUCAGUUGAAAAAUAUAGGCAGUCAAAUGCAGAUAAAGUUAAGGAAAUAUUUAAGACUUCCUCGAAAAGAUACAGACAAACAAAUCAUGAAAAAGUAAAAGAUAUUUUUAAGACUGCCGCUACAAAAUACAAAAAGGCAAACCCUCAGAAGUUUAGGAACGUUUCCACCAAAGCCACUGAAAAAUACAGAAAGGCAAACCCUGAAAAAUUUAAAGACGUUUCCACCAAAGCCACUGAAAAAUAUAGAAAGGCAAACCCCGAAAAAUUUAAAGAGGUUUCCUCUAAAGCUACUGAAAAAUACAGAAAAGCAAAUCCUGAAAAAUUUAAAGACAUUUACACAAAAGCCACUGCAAAAUACAAAAAGGCAAACCCUGAAAACUUUAAAAAGGUUUCCACAAAAGCCACUGAAAAAUACAGAAAGGCAAAUCCGGAAAAAUUUAAAGAGAUUUCCAGAAAAGCCACUGCAAAAUACAGGAUGCAUAACCAUGAAAAAGUUAAACAUCUUUUCAUAAAGGCUACUGUGAAAUACAGAAAGGCAAAGCCUGAAAAAAGUACGGACGUUAUUAUAAAAGCCAAUACAAAAUACAAACAGUUAAAUACAGAUAAGGUCAAACUAUUAGCCAACAAAGCCAAAGCAAAAUAUCGGAAAUUGAAUGUAAACAAAGUUAAAGAAUCUGCCAAGAAAGCAAGUAUUAAAUAUAAGCAAACACACCCUGAAAGAUAUAAGCAAAGUCAGACAACAUGGAACUUAAAAAGAAAAAUGCUAGAUGCUGUUUUAAGCGAAACUGACAAAACAGUUAAUGAAGGAAAACGACCGAAAUUUAAUUCUCAUGCAUCCACUGAUAUAGAUAUGCCAAAAUUGAUUCGCGUAUUUCACAGUAACAUCUCAACUGGGCCAGAAUAUGUCUGCACAUGUUGUAAUCAGUUAUGGUAUAAAUCUUCAGUAACAAAAUCCAAUAUUUCCCUUUAUAAACUAUGUUCUGAAGAAAUGUUGAACACUUGCCUAACUGGUGUAAAAAGUGUUGAUAAUAAUGAAUGGAUAUGUUCUACUUGUCACUCUAACCUGAAGGUUGGCAAGAUACCAACUUGUGCAAAGGCAAACAAAAUGACAUUUCCUGAAAAACCUGAGGCCUUAAAGAAUUUAACACCUCUUGAAGAAAGAUUAAUUUCACCAAGAAUACCUUUUAUGCAAGUACGAGAAUUGCCCAGUGGAGGUCAAUUAAGUAUUCAUGGUAAUGUAGUUAAUGUACCAGCUGAUGUUAAUUCAACUGUCACCGUCUUACCAAGACCAAUCAAUGAGUCACAGACUAUUCCAAUUAAGCUAAAACGUCGACUUAGUUACAAACACCAUUAUCAAUUUCAGAACGUAAGACCAACUAAAGUUUUGGAAGCCGCUCGAUAUUUAGUUCAAACAAGUGAUAUAUUUAAAAACGAAGGAAUACAAGUAUUAGAUAACUACCCGACAGAUCCAGUAACUAGCCAUCAGGAGUGGUCAGAAUUUGUUGACGAGGUCAAGGAUAAGACGGAAACGCUUGGUAAUUUGUCAAACAACUUGAAUACUCAAGACCAGGAAAACUUAGAAACCCGAACAUGUGAUAUCUCUAUCGACAAUGACACUGAUGAUGAGUGGUGUGAAGAAACAGAACGACCAUCAGGUGUUAUGGAUACAUUAUUACAAGAACCUGACAUUACUCAACACGGUGACAGAAUAAUCAGUUUUGCUCCAGGUGAAGGGAAUAGACCACUUGGAUUAUUCAUUGACAAAGAUUCUGAAUUUUUGUCCUUCCCCACUAUUUACUGUGGUAAACGUCGACCUGAUAAUAGUGAAAGACUUGUACCUGUUCACUAUAGCACAAUUUGUAAAUGGGAAUUGCGAAGUAAAGAUAGACGAGUUGCGCAGUGUGUCCCAAAUAUUUUUUACAAAUUGAAAAAAUUGCAGAUCAAGCAAAUUCAGGGAAGUGCAAGCUUAUCAUUGCGUAAAUGCAAAACUAAAGGUAAAACAUACACAGCUGGAGAUUUAAAGUCAGAGAGGUCAGUCAAUAAACUUAUUAAUUUAGAUGAAGGGUUCAGAGUUUUAAGAAAUUUACGCGGUUCACCUCCAUAUUUUGAAAGAUGUAAAAAAGAUCUAUUUGCAAUGAUUCGCCAGCUUGGUAAUCCGACCUGGUUCUGUUCAUUCUCAGCCGCUGAAACGAGAUGGAUUCAUUUGAUCAAAAUUCUUGGCCGUCUUAUUGACAAUAAAGACUAUACUGACGAUCAGGUCAAGGCAAUGACUUGGCAAAAAAAGUCAGAAUUGAUACAAAAAGAUCCAGUCACAUGUGCAAGAAAUUUCGAGCAUAUGGUGCAAUUAUUAAUUCAUGAUUUUAUCAAGAGCUCGGUUCAUCCAAUUGGAGAAGUUGUUGACUUCUUCUAUCGUGUUGAAUUCCAACAACGAGGUUCACCACAUAUCCAUGGAUUAUUCUGGAUAAAAAACGCCCCUGAGUAUGGAAAAGACUCUAAUGAUGAUAUCACUACGUUUGUAGAUAGUUACAUUUCGUACAAAGCUAAUUCAGAUGAGAUUGAUCUAGUAAAUUUACAAAGACAUAGACACUCAAAAACAUGCAAGAAAAACGGACACAAUGCUUGCAGAUUUAAUUUUCCCUUACCACCAAUGCCAAGAACUAUGAUUUUAGAACCAUUACCUGAGACUGAUCUGGAUGAAAAUGUGGCAGAUAAAUUAAAGAAAGAUUUAGGACGAAUCCGUUCAUUAUUAGACUCUAUCAAAGCUGAUGAAACCAUGAACUUUUUUGAAUUUCUUGAAAGACUGGAUUUAUCAGAAAAGCAAUAUCUUAAGGCAAUAAGACUUUCUCUUAAACAUGAUACACUCUUAUUAAAACGAUCCCCCACUGAGAUUAGAAUCAACUGUUACAAUGCAAAUUUACUCAAAGCUUGGCAAGCUAACAUGGAUAUUCAGUUCGUACUAGAUCCCUAUGCUUGUGCUGUUUAUAUACUUUCCUAUAUCACUAAAGGUCAAAGGGGAAUGAGCAAGUUACUUCGUAAAGCAUGUGAAGAAGCAAAAGAAGGUAAUAAGGAUAUUGUAAACAAAGUAAGACAUAUUGGUAACAAGUUUCUCAAUGCUGUUGAAAUAAGUGCACAAGAAGCUGUCUAUUUAGUUCUGCAAAUGCCGUUGAGAAGAUCAUCUCGUGAAUUCCAAUUUAUCAAUACAUCUGAUCCAAAUGAAAGAACAUUCUUGGUAAAAAGCAUGGAUAAAAUUAAGGAACUACCCGAUCAUUCCCUUGAUAUUGAAUCAGAUAAUGUUAUCAAAAGAUAUCAAAGACGACCAAGGCAGUUGCAAAAUUGGUGUUUGGCAGAUUUUGUCGCAUGGUUUAAUUGCAAAAAUGAGAUUAAUGAACAGCAAACAAUUAAACAAAGUGCUGACCCAAAACUUUUGACAGAUGACUUUCUUACGGAAAACGAUUUCAAUGAUAAUGUAGAUGAUGACGUAUCCGAAAAGGACGAGAUAUUACACGAAGGCGAUGAAUAUGAAAUGAGAGGUGGAAUAAUACUCGUGAAGAGGAAUAAACCAAGGAUAAUACGGUCAGUUAGGUUUAAUAAAAACAAAGAUCCAGAAAACUAUUGUCGAGAACAAAUUAUGCUUUACACUCCUUGGAGAAAUGAAAAGAAAGAUCUUCUUAAAGAUUUCCAAACCUACCACGAUCGAUUUGAAGAUGUUAAAGAUAUAAUAGAGAAAAACCGAAAACAGUACGAGAAUCAUUCAGAAAUUCUUGAUCAGGCAGUGCAAGAUAUUGAAAGUGACGAAUUUGGGAAUGUAGUCGCUGCUAAUGCACAAUAUAGAGAUGAACAAGAUAAAGAUAUUGGCUCAAAAGAAAGUGAAUUAUUUGGAUGUUUUGAUCCUGGUAAAAAUAAACAGCAUAUUGAAUACGACUUGAUAAAUGAUAUUGGUAUAUAUCCAAGAACGAAUGAUGAUGAAGAACUAGUUAUAAAACGACUGAAAGAUGAUGAUUUUAGAAAACUCGUUCAAUCACUUAAUAUGGAGCAAAAAGAAUUCUUUUACCAUGUGCUGAAUUCUGUAAAAACUGGUAAUUUGCCAUUAAGAUUGUUUUUAAGCGGAGGUGCUGGUGUUGGUAAAAGUACAGUUACAAAUGCUCUAUAUGAAGCACUUAUGAGAUACCUAAAUGCUCAACCUGAAAAUGAUCCAGACGAUGUCAGUUGUAUUAAAGUAGCUCCCACAGGAAAAGCUGCCUUUAACAUAAGAGGAAAUACACUUCACUCUGCCUUUAAGAUUCCUGCAAACAGAGGAUUUAAGUAUUGCACACUUGAUAGAGACAGACUGAAUACUAUAAGAUCUCAUUUGCAAAGAAUGCAAGUUAUUUUUAUUGACGAGAUCUCUAUGGUAGGUAGUGGAAUGUUUAAUUUUCUUGACUUAAGAUUGCAGCAGAUAAUGGGCACAAAGGAACCAUUUGGUGGUUUAAGUAUAAUAACAGUUGGUGAUUUAUUUCAACUCAAACCAGUCUUCGAUCAUUGGAUAUUUGAAAACUCAAGCGAAGGCUACAAUACACUAGCAACGAACCUCUGGCAACAAUUUUUUCAAAUGUUUGAAUUAUCACAGGUUAUGCGACAAAGAGAAGAUAAAGACUUUGCUGAAAUUUUAAAUCGGAUAAGGGAAGGUGAACACACUGAAGACGAUAUUGAAGUGUUAAAAGAACGCAUUUUGAAGCUUAAUUCGGAACAUCCUGAUUAUCCAAUAACUUCCACCCAUUUAUUUAGUACUAAUAUGGCAGUAGAUCAACAUAAUCAUGAAAUAUUUCAUAAAUCAGCAAAUGAGAAGGUUGACGUUAAAGCAAUAGAUAUUGUACUUGGCGAUUUAUCCGAUGACUUGAAAGAAAGAGUAAAAAAGCAAAUUCCAAAUGAUCCUUCUAAAACUAUGGGAUUGUACUCAGUUUGUUCCAUUCUCAUGGGAGCGAAAUAUGAUCUUACGACAAACGUAUCAGUUGUAGAUGGCAUGACGAAUGGUGCUGAGUGUAUAAUUAAGAAAAUCGAUUACCGAGUACCAGGUUCAUCAAGACCAAGUAUUAUUUGGGUUCUGUUUCAAGAGCAACACAUUGGAAAUGAUUAUCGCAAAGAAUACUCUCAUCUUUACAACCAGACAGUGGAAAAAAAUUGGGUUCCAAUUAUAGAAGUCACUAGACAGUUUCGAAAACACCAACUACAACUUCUUCGCAGACAAUUUCCUUUGAGACCAUCGGCAGCCAAAACUAUCCACCGUUGUCAAGGAGAUACAUUGAAUGAAGCAGUUGUUGAUCUUCCAUCGUCAAAGCGAGAACACAUGCAUUAUGUUGCCCUUAGUAGACUUAGGACCAUUUCAGGAUUACAUAUUCUAAAUCUAAAUGAAAAUAAAAUAACUGUGAGUAAGAAAGUACAAGAGGAAAUGACGAGAUUGAGAGAGAAUGCCUUACUCGACAGCCAUCUUCCUUUCCUUUACAAAGACACAAGUGGAACAUUUAAAAUAUUAUUUCAGAAUGUCAGGUCAUUACAUCUCCACUUUCCCGAUGUAGCUAGUGAUUACAAUGCAAAAGCUGCUGAGAUUAAUAUAUUUGUGGAAACUGCUUUGUGUAGUAAUGACAAUAAUGAUCUGUAUGAGAUUCCUAGCUUUCAGCUUUUCAGAAAUGAUAUUAUGCUACAUGGCACCAGAACACCUUAUGGAACUGCCGUUUAUGUAAAACAGAAUGUGCAUCUUUUAUCCGAACCUCUGAGAUGCAACUAUAACGACGUAGAAAUAACAUUGAUAAGAAUAAAUCAACCAGUGCAAAAUUUACAUCUUGUAGGAAUUUAUCGCUCUAAAUCGAAGGUAAAAAUCUCAAGAUUUAUAGAUGCUUUGAAAAAUUUGCAUUCUACUUUCAUAAAUGACAUAAAUACCCCCGUUGUUAUUAUUGGUGAUUUUAAUAUCAACUUUAUGGAAAAUGCAUCUGAAAAAAAUACACUUUGUAAAUACUUAAUUGAAGAAAAGCAAUACGUACAACUUAUUAAUCAAGUUACAACUAACUAUAAAAGUCAAAUAGAUCACAUUUACACUAAUAUUCCUGAAAGAGUUAAAAACAGUGGUGUUCUAGAGUCAUACUUCAGCGACCAUAAGCCUAUUUUCGUCUCAUUGUUUUAAUAAAGUAACAAAAAUUUGCAGUACAGAAAAUAUAUCCCUAACUAUUAACUUAGAUUCUAUCAUGAGAAGCAAUUCUAAAGUAGGCUAAAUCUUGUCUAGAUAAUUGCACCCCUCUAAGGGGGCAUUGUCCCUAUUUACAAGGGACAGAAGAAGUUUCCCGAUUGUUUCAUCUUCAAGAUUUUAAAAUGGUAAGUCACUUUCCUUCCUUUUAAUUGCGUUUUCCGAUUUCCCAACCCCAAAGACUGUUGCCCUCACCUAACAAUAACGUUUUAUCUUUGCUUAUUUCAGGGUCCCUUUGCAUGUUUUACAAUAUACAAGAAUGCUCGGAUCGACAUCGGAAUAAAGACAAACACUAAUAAUAAG